GAGAGAGAGGUGGGGGGAGAGUGGGAGAGAGAGAGAGAGAGAGAGAAAGAAAGAAACAGACCAGGGUUUGUUGACCACUCGCCGCCACAGAGCCAGCUCGGUUUUUCCUCUCCCCUGGCCGUCUGGGGGACUAGCCUUUCUCGGUUAGCUUCUUAGCCGCGGACGGAGACAAGAAGCGACGACGCAAAUUGGCUCAACUGCUUCGGUCCAGCUUCCGGGAAUGCGAGGAAGCUGAAGCCCUGGAAGCCGUUACUGCUGGAUGGGCGAGCGCUGACAAAACAAGAGGGGGAAGGAGGGAGGGAAGGAGGGAGAGAAACAGGGAGGCUCCAGAAGACGGACCUGAGGUCUGCGUGCUGAAGAAAAUAACCGUCAGUUUCAGUGGCCGAACGCUGCUGUUCUCCUUCGGAACGUUGUCGAGAGCGAGAGGCAGCGCGAGGACGAGCCCGCGAGAGAAAGAUCCAAGACACGGCGCGAGCGGGAGGGAGGGUUUAUGAAUGUAUGUAUGUGUGCGUCCGUGUGUGCGUGAGUGCGUGUUUAUGUGUGUGAGGACUUCCUUGAACUUUGAUCCUUCAAAGAGAGCGGGGCAGACAGAGAACUCUGUUUAUCAUUAGCAGGCUUUCUCAAGCUGUGUUUUGAAGACAGGCUCUCAUUCUGUGUCCUGUAGUCUCCAAACAGCUCUGGGAGUCCAGCAUGACUACUUUAUGUGAAGCUGAGUUACAGCAGGCACUGCUGGGUUGACACAAAUGUGCAGAAGUUGCUGGAAAGACUUUGAGGUUGUGUGAUCAGUGUUUGGUGGCUUUCUUGAAAACAGCUGUGUGGUUGAACGAGAACACUCUGAACACACUACUCACACUGCACGCACCAAGAACUGGUCUGACUUGUUGGUGACCCUGUGGGUAGGGCAGCUGUCCUUUGCAGGCCUGAUAAAAGUGCCACAGGGUUUGUGUGCUGAGAUGUGCCAUUUCGCUUCGUCUUGAGAGACGCUUCACUUUUGCCCCAGUUUCCGAGUGGUGUUCUGUUUUCCGUGUGUGUGUCUGUGUGUGUCUGUGUUUUUGGGGGUGUCUGUUCUCUGUCUAUGUUGCAGGUUUAUGUGUAAUUUAUUGUUUCCUGUUAAAAGAGCAGGCUGUGCAUUUCAGGCUCUGAACUCUGAACCUGGCUGUUUUCAAGAGGAUUUGGUUUGAAGUUGAUUAAAGAGCACAGGGAGGAAAAAGAAGUUCAGAAAAGUGUGACUAGAAGAAGAGUGUUGAACAGCUGUGAAGGUAUUGGGCCCAUUUUUGAAGGGGGUUCUUAGGUUUAGAGCCAGUUUCACAUUUGAAAAGCUGCAGGCUGAUGUCCGCAGCCUGAACUCUCACACAUCUACGCAGUUUCGGGCGAGUCAGAACACUCAGCGUUGUCUGGGGGGUCAUUUCUAAAACCCUGGUGGUGCAACACAGCGAUGGCCAUGGUGGGUGGGGGAUGGGGCAACCCUAAUGGGAGCACCAAUGGCCUGGGGGAGAAGGGCUACCUGCAGGGGGAGGAGGAUGAGAGCUCCCCACAGGCAGGGAACAGUGAUGCAGAGGGGGGAGAAGACGACAAGAUCUGUGUGGUGGACUGUGUGGUCUGCGGGGACAAGUCCAGUGGCAAGCACUACGGUGUCUUUACCUGCGAGGGCUGCAAGAGCUUCUUCAAGAGGAGCGUCCGCCGCAACCUCAGCUACACCUGCAGAUCAAACAGAGAAUGCCAGAUCGAUCAGCAUCAUCGCAACCAGUGCCAGUACUGUCGUCUGAAGAAGUGCUUCCGUGUUGGCAUGAGAAAAGAGGCAGUCCAGCGUGGGCGCAUCCCGCCAUCCCACUCAGGCAUCAGCCCCACCUCUCUGGUUGGUGGUGGUGGUGGUGGUGGAGGGGUUGGUGGACCAGCCAUGGGGGGUGACUUUUUCAAUGGUCAGCCUGCGCCCGAGCUUAUAACCCAGCUCCUGAGAGCUGAGCCCUACCCCAACAGCCGCUACGGAGCCCAGUGUGGCCAGCAGCUCGGUGGAGGCAACAGUGCCGUCAUGGGGAUCGACAACAUCUGUGAGCUGGCAGCCCGGCUACUCUUCAGCAUCAUUGAGUGGGCCCGGAACAUUCCCUUCUUCCCUGACCUGCCUGUGUCAGAGCAGGUGGCUCUGCUGCGGCUCAGCUGGAGCGAACUGUUCAUCCUGAAUGCGGCCCAGUCGGCCCUGCCGCUCCACAUGGCACCGCUUUUGGCUGCUGCCGGCUUCCACGCCUCACCCAUGUCCGCCGAGCGUGUGGUCUCCUUCAUGGACCAGGUUCGUGUCUUCCAGGACCAGGUGGACAAACUGACGCGGCUGCAGGUAGACUCCGCUGAAUACAGCUGCCUGAAAGCCAUCGCCCUCUUCUCUCCAGAUGCAUGUGGACUGACAGACCCAGCCCAUGUUGAGAGUCUACAGGAGAAGGCCCAGGUGGCCCUGACCGAAUAUGAGCGCAUGCAGUAUCCCACCCAGCCGCAGCGUUUCGGCCGCCUGCUGUUGCGCCUGCCCUCGCUCAGAGCCGUACCCGCCAACCUCAUCUCUCAGCUCUUCUUCAUGCGGCUGGUUGGCAAGACGCCCAUCGAGACGCUCAUCCGAGACAUGCAGCUCUCAGGCAGCUCAAUUAGUUGGCCUUAUGUGCCCGGACAGUAGCUGAGUUGACUAGCUGCGGUCACCUGCUCAGACUGACUUCCAUGUUUUGUGUGGGCUUUAUAGGUUCUCAGUAUGUGAUUUCUUAGUCGCUGCGUGAAUGUUCAUGUUGUGUUAUAUUCUGCAACACCUCUCUGCUCAUUUAGUGUACAUGGUGAAGGAUAAAAGGUCAGAAUGCUGUCACGUGUCCUUAGGUGCAUUUAUCGAGUCACUCAAGUUUGGGAUACCUCAGGUUUUUUACUUAAAUGAACGAAAUGAACGAAACUCACAGAGGUGACUCUAUCAUACAUGCAUAAGCACAAUGGCAGACCAUUGACGAUGAACAAUGACAGAAAGUAUUGUAAGGUAAUUACAAGGAAACAUAAACUGAUGGGAUUGCAGCCCUAAAGAGCUGAUCAAUCUCAUUUCUGUGAUUAUGUAAGACCUCGGUCCAGCUUUAAACAUGAGAUAUUACGGGAGAUUUCUUGGUACCUUAAGAAUCAUAAUUGCUAUAUGAUUUAUUAUAAUAAGUGUAGUUUAGAUGAAGACUCAUGAAGGUAUUGUCGUGGACUGCAAUGCUAUUUCAUGAAAUUUGGGAAGCCUGACCAGUUACUUGAAAAAUCAGUGAUGAAUAAUGUAUUGUGAUGCAUCGCAUUGUUGGAAAGGUUCUGUGUACUCCUACUUAAUUGGGUCCAAAAAAAA